CGGUUAAUCGUUUGCGAUGAUGUCACUGCAGAAGCCUCCGCUCAGACGCAGUGCAUCGACUGUAGAAUCAACCAAUCACGGCGGCUCGCUGAUGACUCCGCCCACCUCUCUCAACUUACACUCCUCCCACAACCAGCAGCUGAGCUGCAACACCAUAAAGGAGGGCGUGGUCACCGUUUCCAAGGAAACGCAAGGCUCGAAGAGUCGUCAGAAAUAUGUGCUCACCAAUAUCCAAAAAGCGACAGGUUUGCGCCAAAACCCCGCCUCUUUAAACCAAAGCCACUCCUCCUUUGGCCGUAGACCCGCCCCGACGAAAUCCGCCUCCUCUUCUUCUCUCUACUGCUCCUCGCUCUCCUUCUCCACCUCCAAUCCCAAACUGGCCAAAAACGGCACGAACCUUCAGCUCAAAGAGGAGCAGCUGGACCUCAACAAGAACGACAGGAACCUGGCGAGGAGCAGCUGUGAUUGGCUGGAGGGGAAGGACAACCAGAAGAACCCCACCAUCAGGAGGAGGACCAAGAGCUUUCUAGAGUACCAUCGAGAAGAGGAGGCCCCGAACAGCCCAGAUAAAGACACGCUGCCCGAGGAGAAGCACCUCCUGCCCAAACUAGAGGCGCAGACGUGGGCUAAAGAGAACCACGUGGAGGCGCACCUCACCCUCCCCCAGAACCACCUGCUCCUGCUGGCCAGCGAGGAAGAGGAGGAGGAGGAGGAGAGUCCUAGAGAGACGCUGGAGGUUCACCAGCUGGACGUCUGGCCCAACAACGAGCGCAUGAGCCACGUCAGAGACGGGACGGCGGAAAGCAGCGGUUCUCUGGGAAGAGUGCGACUGCAGAGGAGUCCCUUACGCCUGAAGCUGAGACGAGAUGAGACGGAGGAGUCGCCCGAACCCUCGCUGAGACCCGAGAAACAGGAGGAGGAGGAGGAAGAGGAAGAGGACUCCAGCUGGACCACGCUGUCACAGGAGAGCCCCUCUGUGGAGACGCCUCAGGACACAGUUGUUUGGGAAGAGCGUCCUCUGGCGCAGGACGUGUCUCAGGAGUAUCUUUGGCGUGUUUCUGCUGAUUCCUCUCCACGAGAUCAGCCUGUGGCUGGCGACGCCCACGCUGCCCAGGAGGCGGAGCUUUGGGUGAAGAGGGCGUGUCUUCCUGUGCCCUGCACUAAAGCACAGAGUGAGCGGCCCAGCAGUAUCGUGUCGGACAGCUCUGUUGAACCCGUUCCUUCAUCUGCAGCCUCUUCAGCCUCCUCUUCCUCACUGUGCUAUGAGGCGAUGGGACGCGCCGCCAGUCUCCUCAACAACAACCACCUGGACCUGACAGAGACACGCGAGUCCGGCGCAAGAGAGAGACGGGGCGAGCGACAGAUGACCCGAGUGAGUUUGGGAGCUCAGGGCGGCCCGUACAGCUUCAUCAACCACAGAGCUCAAGUCCCAUCAGCCCCCACAGACAGCGUCAUCCCCAUCAACGACCCGGACACACAGGUGUUUCCGGUCCAGUAUCUGGGCUGGCUGGAGGUGCAGGACGCAGAUGUGAGGUCAGCGAGGAGCGGCGCAGCGGUCAGCGACUGCAUCCAGCAGCUGCAUCAGCGCAGAGAGACGGAGAGACGGCGGACACAGAUGAUGCUGCUGGUCCUGCAGGACACCACGCUCACCCUCAUCCACCCGGCUGACCACACCCUCCUGCACUCUCAGCCAAUCAGCUGCAUCCGUGUGUGGGGAGUGGGGCGGGGCUUCAGCAGGGAUUUUGCGUAUGUGGCCUGUGACAAGAACUCGCGUGUGUUGAAAUGCCACGUGUUUCAAUGUGACAGUCCUGCAGAAAGCGUCGCCAGCAGCCUGAAGCAGAUCUGCUCGAAGAUUAUGGCUGAACGCAGGAGCAUGGGUCCCGUCGCAGGCUCCUCGUCUCAGUUCAGCUCAGAUGUUCCUCUGAGAGUAGAGUUUCCAACUCCAAAGACUGACCUACAACACAGUUUCCAUGUGCUUUACCUGGGAAUGACAUCAGUAGUGCGACCUAUAGGAAUGGAUAUGAUAAAUGGAGCAAUAGACAGUCUGAUGUCCUCCGCAGGGAAAGAGGACUGGACCCCCGUCCUGCUCAAUGUUGCUGACGCCACAAUUACUGUCGUCAAAGAAAAGGAAGAGGAAGAGGAAGUCAUAGUGGAGUGUCGCGUUCGCUUCCUGUCUUUCAUGGGCGUGGGACGUGAUGUCCAUACGUUUGCCUUCAUCAUGGACACGGGAAACCAGCACUUCCAGUGUCACGUGUUCUGGUGUGAACCCAACGCGGGAAGCGUGUCUGAGGCCGUGCAGUCAGCCUGUGUGUUGCGGUAUCAGAAGUGUCUGGGGAAGUCUGGCUCCUUGACUCCGCCCCCUUCCGACUCCGUCACCCGCCGCGUAACGUCCAGCGUCAAACGCGGCGUCCAAUCAAUUAUAGACACUCUGAAAAAGAAGCCCGCCCCCGAGGUUCCCCACCAAUGACGGAACAGAAUGGCUGUGAUGGACAGCAGGGGUGUGUGUGUGUAUUUACUGAUGCAAACGAGAAGAGAAACAGUCCAACCAUGACAAAGAAAAAGACGAGCAAGACAAAUGAGAGGAUGUCGUCGACGUGUAACUGCGCUGAAUGAAGCAUGCGUCUGCCUUACACGAACACAUUCUCACUCAAGUAUUUCGAGGGCAUCAGUGUUCAUGUCACGCUCAGAUCAAUGCAAGUCUUCAUUCAAGCCACCGUGUGUUUCAUUUCAAAUCACCCGAUCAUUCACACACACAGGAAAUUGGAUCCUUUGAACGUUUUUCUCGUUCCCCAAGAAAUUUUGAGUGAUUUUUUUUUUUUUUUUGCCGUUGCAAUGUGUGUAAAAUGUCAGAGACUUAAAGAGACUAUCUUCAUAUCAUGAUGUUCAGUGGGAAUAUUGUAAUACAUCAGAGUUUGUCUGUAACAUCUGCUCAGUCUGAUUCUGUAAUGAAGAGCCAAAUGGGGAUUUUCUGAUCACACACACACACACACACACACACACACACACACAAAACACACACACACACUGAGAUACUCAUUUAGUUAAAAACUAAGCCCUGAAAGAAUCCCUGCGCAAGUACACAAACACAGACGCAAAUGUGUUCUGCUUUUGUACAAACUACUCAGAUUCAAACCUUACAAAGCAUCAUACUCUUAAAGCCGUUUCUCCACCAAGACUCCUUGAGAAACUGUAGAGGACGCUGAUUUACAUUAACGCCCGCCGUGCUGAAGAUGCGAAACGUUCUUGCAUUGCAUUAUGAAUAGUGGAACGCAGUGAUGCAUGAACUGAACUUGCUUUGCUAAGAGAUUUUGUGUACUUGCGUUGAUCAUUUCAGGCUUUCACAUACAUGAGGAGCAGAAGCUGCAGAUGUCAACACAGGAAUGUUAUUUCUCACAAAGUGGUAUUUAAACCAGAUCCACCACUAAGACACUAAUUUUUACACCAUAUUAAUGUACCAUGUUGUGGAAAUAAAUUACAUCAAAACAAAA